AUGUCACGCACACCUCAUGUUCUCCUUCUUGGUGGCCAUGGAAAGGUAUCUUUGCUCCUAACUCCGAAGAUUCUCGCCCGCGCGUGGAACCUCACUUCUGUGAUCCGGAACCCCGCCCAAGAACCGGCCCUCGUUGAAGCGGGCAAGAAUGGACCAGGGAAGAUAAAUGCGCUGGUGGAGAGUCUGGAGGAUGUCAAGAGCGUGUCCGAUGCUGGGAGGAUUCUCGACACUGUGAAACCAGAUUGGGUGGUUUGGUCUGCCGGAGCAGGGGGCCAUGGAGGUCCUGACCGCACCUAUGCCAUCGAUCGCGAUGCAUGCAUCCACUUCAUCAGAGCCUCGGUAUCCCGUCCAUCAAUCACCAAAUUUCUUCUCGUCUCUGCGCUAUCAAUCCGCCGGAAUCGGGCGCCAUGGUGGGAUGAGGAUUCUUAUGCCACGGUACAGAAAGUGAAUAAUGAGAUGAUGCCUCAUUAUUAUAAAGCUAAGCUCGCGGCUGAUGAGGCGCUUACUAUUCUAGGAGAGGAGAGGAUACGAAGCCAGCCAGAAGGGCCUACGUCUCCAAACUUUGGGUAUAUUAUUUUAAGACCGGGAAAUUUGAGUGAUAAGGAAGAAACCGAUAAGAUUAGUCUCGGGAAAACUAAGGCAAGGGGUGCUGUUAGUAGGGGCGAUGUCGCUGAGGUCGCUGUGAGGUUGCUGGAGAAGGAGGGGAUUAAGGGUUGGUUUGACCUACUCGAGGGUGAUGAGGGGGUAGCGAGUGCCGUGGAAAGGGUGGUCAAGGAGGGGGUGGAUUCUAUCGAGGGCGAGAGUUUGGAUGCAAUGAGGGAGGAUCUUGAAAAACAAAUUUGA